AUGAGCUGCAACAGGCAUCCCGUGGAUGUGAAGGCUGUGGGCUUCAUGCAGUGCAGAAAACAGAAGAACUACAUGAUGUUUGUGUCCUGGUCAGAUCAGAACAACAUUCUCAUCUACAGGACGUUUGAAGACUUUAAGAAAUUCCAUAAAGAGCUGAAGAGAAAAUUCCCCACUGAGAAUGGGUCACUGAGGAGUUUACCCAGGUUUAAAGGAAUAACUAUGCAGCAGAGGAAGGGUGGGAAGCUGAACAGGUGUCUGGAGAUCCUGAAACUGCUGGAAACGUAUUCCCAGGAGCUGCUGAAGACUGAUGUGAAAAUCUCCCGGGGGGAAGAGGUGAAUCAGUUUUUCAAGGCACAGACUCAAGACCUCGAUCCUUCCUUCCCUGAAAACAGUGUUGUGAUCAUGCCAUCAGCAUUCAGAAGGGAGAAGAGCCCCCAGCCCCUCUCCAUCACCCUCCCUCAGGCGUCGCAGAGCUACCGCUGCAUCGAGGCCUUUGAGACCAAAGACACAAAGAAUAAACCCUUCACAGUGGCUCAGAAGGAGAUUGUGGAAGUGCUCAUCAAGGACAUGACUGGCUGGUGGUUGGUGGAAAAUGCAGACAAGCAGAUAGCCUGGUUCCCAGCCUCGUACCUGGAAGAGCUUGAUGCCUGUGAGGACAUCCAGAAUGCCUUCAGCUCAAACGAGGAGGGCAGCCUGUACUUUGUGGUGCAGGCCUACGAGGCUCAGAAGGCAGACGAGCUCUCGCUGAACCAGGGGGUGGUCGUGGAGGUGCUCAGGACAUCCCACAACGGCUGGUGGCUGAUCCGGUACAACGGCUGCACUGGCUACAUGCCCUCGCUGUGCCUCCGGCCCUACCAGAACCCUCACCACAAGCUGCAGAGCAUCCUGAGCUGCAGCCCCGGCACCUGCACCCCGCAGCCGCCCCGGCAGCAGCACGGCCGCUCCCGCCGGCUGCCCCGGGCCAGCUCCACCCCGCAGCUGGAGCUCAAUUUGGACAGCUCCUCCAGCGGCAGCAGCAGCAGCAGCAGCGGCAGCAGCGGCAGCGCCGGGGACAGCCGGCUGGCGUGCAAAGCCGCCCUGUCGCGGUCCCUGCCCGAGGUGGAGCCGGCCAGGAGCUGUCCCGAGCCCGGCAGCGAAUCCCCCCCGCACCUCCGUGCGAGGGACAGCCACGACUCCGGCUUCGUGGAGUCGUCCGCAGCCGAGCUGCGCCUCGCUGAGCCCGAGCUGGCCGCGGGUGUGCCCAAGGUGCCGGCCCGUCCCUCGGUGCAGGAGAUCCUGCAGCGCUGCAGCACCGUCACCAAGCGUGCCCUGCAGGCUCCCCGGCCCGCCCUGCCGCUCCCCGGCCGCUCCCCAGCCGUAUCUGUUAAUAUUUUUGUAAAGAACUUGUAA